AUGACUUCCCGCAACUCAAAUCCAAGCAAUUCGAGCAAUUCGAGCAAUUCAAGAAAUCCAAGAAAUCCAAGAAAUCCGAGAAGACCAAGCAAUCCAAGCAAUCCAAGCAAUCUUACCCGACAACUACGUGCGGAAAAUGCGGCAAAUUCCGCAGCAGAAAAAAUUAAAAAGAAGCAGGAUUAUUAUAAAGAUACUCAAUUUCACAUGGAGCUAAGCACCCAGCCUCCGAGUAAUCCGAGUAAUAGGUAG